AUGUCCGUUAAAAAGAUUGUUGUUUUGCCAGGUGAUCAUAUUGGACCCGAAAUCGUUUCUUCCGCUGUCGAAGUUUUAAAGACAGUGGAAAAAAAGUGUUCCGACCUAAAGUUUGAAUUUGAGGAACAUAAGAUUGGCGGUGCCUCAAUCGAUGCCUAUGGUACACCUUUGACCGAUGAGACAAUUAAGGCUUGUUUGGAGGCUGAUGGUAUUAUUUUGGGAGCAGUUGGCGGUCCCGAAUGGACAAACCCCAACUGCCGUCCUGAGCAAGGAUUGUUGAAGCUUCGCAAAAGUUUGGGUGUUUGGGCAAAUCUUCGUCCAUGCACCUUUCCUAGCAAAUCUUUGCUUAAGUACAGUCCCUUAAAGUCCGAGAUUGCUGAGGGAGUUGAUUUUUGCGUCGUUAGAGAGCUCACCGGUGGUUGCUAUUUCGGUGAGCGUACUGAAGAUAAUGGCUCAGGUCAUGCUAUGGAUACCUGGCCUUACAGUGUAGAGGAAGUUACUCGAAUUGCUCGUUUAGCUGCCUGGCUUGCACAAACAUAUAACCCUCCUGCGCCUGUUACUUUGCUUGACAAAGCUAACGUUUUGGCUACUUCCAGACUUUGGCGUAAAACUGUUGCCAAGGUCUUUAAAGAAGAGUUUCCUCAUUUGACAUUAAAGAACCAGCUUAUUGAUUCUGCUGCCAUGCUUAUGGUCAAGAGCCCUCGCACUUUAAACGGUGUUGUUUUAACGGACAACUUGUUUGGUGAUAUUAUUUCUGACGAGUCAUCUGUUAUUCCUGGAAGCUUGGGUUUGCUACCUUCCGCUUCUCUUUCCGGAAUUUAUGGUCAAACGGAGAAUCUUAAUUGUCUUGUUGAACCCAUCCAUGGCAGUGCUCCCGAUAUUGCUGGCCAAGGGAUCGUAAACCCAGUCGGUACCAUUUUGUCUGGUGCACUUUUGCUUCGCUACGCUUUGAAUGCUCACAAAGAAGCUGCUGCCAUUGAAGCAGCUGUUGAAAAGGUCCUUGACGAUACUUCCAUCGGUGGCCGAGGUCUCUAUACUCGUGAUUUGGGCGGUGAUGCCAAGACGGUUGGCAUUACUAAAGCUGUUGUUGAGGAACUUGAAAAGAUUUUGUAA